ACCCACUGGCAUCUUCUGUGUGAUCACAAAUCUCCCCCAACCCUAAACAGAUUCUUGCACUGGCCGCAUUUUCCCUCACGCUUCCGCUCUCCCACUCUUGAAGCUUGUCACGCCGCCCCUCAGAAGUCCACUCACUCCAAGCCCCCAAGCAGGACGAGCACCCACCCUCUUCACCGAAGCCCCCUCUCAACUCAGGACUUCGAUAUGUCAUCCAGGUUGCAACCUGAGUGACUUGCCCUCGGCCCUCACAACUUUGAACCCACCCUGGCCCUUCUUCGCCUAACCUCUUCCCCUCCCACCAACAAACACUUCCCACUCGACACACACACACAAAUUGCCUGCAUAACCACCGCCUGCACCCGCUUUCGCCCUUCGCCUACCGCUUUCUUCCUAUUACCACCUCACUUUUCUUCCUUCUACCCUUCUUCCCUUCUUCCAUUCCACUCACUCUCAAUCGCGUAAGCAGAUUGCAGAGCCAGCACAUUCUAUCUGCCGACUGUUUGCCAUCUUGACAACCUGCUUGGACUUCUAAUACUCUCCCGACUGCGAGUCUUUCACAUCGCUCAAACCCUCCCAACGCCACACUACUACGCGCGCUUCUGCCAGACCACCACUGCAGCUUCCUAUUCUCCUUCUCACCUGAGCAUCUGUUCUCAACCUUCAAGCACCCAAUCAUGUCUAGAUACCUAUUAUAACAUAUCUGGGCCGAUUCUGGGCCGGAACCCCCUAACUACCAUAAUCCCCUCAACUCAAGGGUGUAACUGCAGUUACUUCCCAACCGCACCACCUUAAUCUCGGAUCUGGUCAAUAUACAUCUGGCAAGAACUGAGAUAUUGAUCCAUUCCCUGAUCGUCUCUUUGCCUCGUUCGAGCUUCUCUCAGCGUACAUGGCUCAUCACCAGAAACAUCCGAACGACACCCAACGUACGGACAGCACAAUGCAGAGCCUAUUCAAGAUGUUCAACCUCUCCAAUACUCCCACCGUUCCCCUCGACGAGGAUGAACUCAGUGCCGAAGCCGACGAACCCCCAGACGAUCAGAUCUCCCCCUUGACCAAUAUCUCAAACGCUACGAAAAACCCCAUGUAUAGCAAAAGCAUGGCUCCAUCCCGACCGAAUCCUCGCAGAGAAUCUCUGUUGACCCGCGCUAUCAUGGCCGAGUCAAGACCGGAAGAGUCUGUACACCCCUCCCGCGGUCUCUCAACAACCUCCUCCCACAGCACCGCCAGUAUGGCAUCUACUGCGGAACUGACGAGCGACGGAGAUGUCACGAGCCAGUCCCGUUCAGCAACCCCAAGCCCUCCGCCCCCUCCUGGUCGAUUCCACAACCUCUUGAACAUGAAGAAACUAGACACUCGCUCCUCAAAGGUUCUCAUCGCCCCUGUCACAAAAGACGACAAGCCUGCUGUAGCAGAUGUCGGCGAGGCCGCAAUUGAGAAGACCCUGGGACGAAAGCGAUGUAUCAUGUUUGCCUGCGGUGGUACAGACUCUGAACAUAGCAAAGAAAACUUGGCAUCCAAACCCAAACCUCCCGAACCCGAACCCGAACCGCCAAAACGGAAAUGUGCUUUGACAUUUGCCUGCCCCACACGAACUUCCUCAUCCCAACGCGUCAAAAGCCCUGGCAUGAAGCCCGCGAAUAAGACCAAAUCCAACCGGGCCCCCUCGCCUGUGCCCAUGUCACAUCCAAAGUCCAGCCAAGAAUCUGUUGACCUUUCAGGUCGUUCAGCUGACACCGCAGUGGCUGUCCCAACACACAAGUCUGGCCAUCAUUCACCUCACCUUUCCUUUCACGAGUUUGGCAGUUCCCACGACGAGACUGAUGCUUGGGUUGAUCGACCUUCCACACACCGACAAAAGCUCACUCUUGACGAUUGCAUGAAGAAAGAAAAUCACAUCCGUCAACUUGGGAGAGAUGCAGAAGAGGAAGCGGAAGAGGAAGAGCGCGAACAGGAGGAGCUCGACCUCGAGAACGACAACUACAAUGACGAUGAUUUUGCUCCGUCGGAAGAAGGCUCAGAUGAUGGAAACGAGUCCGACGACGAAGGAGGAUUUGCCAGCUCUGACGAUGACAGUGACGGCGGAUCCGAGUAUCAGUUCUGGGCUCCGUCAACGACCACUGCCGCAACAAGUACCGAUCAUCUUCCCCUCAGCCAUUUCAGUUCUCGUCAACGUUCCCAAGCCAGUUCCCUCGAGUCUUUGCCCAACCUCAGCAGCCCUAAGAUGCACUCCAUGGUGAGACCUCCUCAUCUGCAUGGACAACGUCGUCAUUCUUCGUCCAAGGCGAUACGUAUGAGACCUGGAACUCCUGAGCUUCCCGACAGCACGGAUUUUGUCUGUGGAACUCUGGACGAGGAUCGACCCCUAGAGGCCGCUUACAUCUCCUGCCGAGAACAGAGGAAGCGCUUGAAGCAUAUUCCAAUUCCUCAAGAUAUCGAUCCAAGCUUCCCUACCACCGACCCUGACGAUAACGAAGAGGACGAAGACAUGAUCCAAGAGUCUCAAUUCAGUUCUGAAGGGCCUCGCUGGCUAGCUGAGCAGUUCCGUGAGUUUGACGAAGAAACUCGAGGUCGUCGUGGCUCGCCUGCGAUGCAUUCCAACUCGCCCCCUUCGUCGACUCCAUCGCUUCGCUUUGCUCAUAUGCCAAAGCCGACAGAACCUCGUCGAGGCUUGCAUCGUUCGCCCCCACCAAGAAGACUGUUUGGUCAUUCUCCGGCCCGUCUUCGAUCACCUCCGCCAGCUCGUCUUCGAUCUCCCAGAGGAUCGCCCACUGGUGUCAAUUUCAACAUCCCCAAUAGACUUGGGAAUCGCGGCCUUGGGCAACGUCCGAACAUGGAGCGAACUGCGUCACUUCCUGACACACCCAACCCUUUCUUCCGCAAUUUCAAGAUUGGAAGUCCAUCAAUCUCCAACAUUGCCUCGGGAGCCGUCACACCAUCCACGGAGGAGCCUCCACGGAGUGACUUGCAUGUCAGAGGACCUGUCGACAUUGUCAUUGGUCUAGAGAAGAAACGACAAAAGCGCAAAGAAAAAUUCUGGCGUCAGCAUUGUCGCAAGGUUGCACGAGAGCAGGCUGGUCGUCGCCCGGCACCUGGACGUGGCGCGGAAAGAAUGAAAGAACUUGGUUUGGAGUGUGCCGAACGAAACAAAGGCUACGGCCUUGGUCCCCAGACUCAAUUGGUCCUCUCACUUUGAGAUGCCAAUCACAUUUACGUCGUUUUGACGAUUCAGUUCUACCACAGAUUGUUCUCGUUUCAGUCUGUGCCCCAGUUUCUAUCAUGACCAAGUUGCGAGCAACUGGCCAUGUUGACCAACCAGUAUCACGAACUCUUACGAUGACUUGGCUUAUCUAUGGUGAUGGUGUCUGAAGCGGACACUUUGUCACCCUGUUUUUUGGCCAGAGCGCGUGGUGUUGUCCCUUUGUAUUCAGAGCAUAGCGAUGGCGUUAUUCAACAAUUUAGCAUCGCAGGCCAUCAGCAUGGUCUUUGAAUAGUAUAGUUAAAGUCGAGCAGUACUCGAAUGAAUAUAUCACGUUAUAUUUGAUA